AGAGAGGCUUUAUCAGGCUUUAUUAACCGGAAUCCAACAGCGAAUUUGUUACAUUUGUCAGUAAUUGAGUUCUGUAGUAAGGACUACGCAGUUUUAAUAUUAGUACCCUCGAUUAGAAUGUUCUAAAGUUUCACGCAACGAAACAGAUUAUUAAGUACAUUAAAAAUGAUCCGUCUUCUUGUCUGUUUGUGCGCUGUCACAGCGUUGACUAAUGCUGAAUUUAUCAGGAUUCCAUUGCAUAAAAUGGACACUGUCCGAAGUCAGUUGAAAGAAUAUAAUACAGAACUUGCACAAGUACGUCUUGGAUAUUCAUCGGUUGCUGUACCAGAGCCUCUUUCCAACUACCUUGAUGCUCAAUAUUACGGAUUGAUUAGCAUCGGCACCCCGAAACAAGACUUCAAAGUAGUUUUUGAUACUGGUUCCUCAAACCUUUGGGUACCCUCAAAAAAAUGUCAUAUGACCAACAUCGCUUGUCAAUUACAUCAUAAAUAUGAUAGUACCAAAUCAUCCUCCUACAAGCAAAACGGUACCGACUUUAACAUUCGUUAUGGUUCUGGAAGUCUUUCUGGUUACUUAUCUACCGACGAUGUAGAUAUCGCUGGACUAACAGUUAAGGAUCAAACAUUCGCAGAAGCAUUAAGUGAACCUGGUUUAGCUUUUAUAGCUGCCAAGUUUGACGGUAUUAUGGGAAUGGCUUACUCUACAAUUUCAGUGGAUCAUGUAACACCAGUCUUCUAUAACAUGGUUAAACAAGGACUGGUGCCACAACCUGUUUUUAGUUUCUAUUUGAACAGAGAUCCUAAUGCCCCCGUGGGUGGAGAGAUGCUCUUGGGUGGUUCAGAUCCAAAUCAUUAUAAGGGUGAUAUGGUUUACGUUCCUGUAGACCAUAAGGGUUACUGGCAAUUCAAAGUGGACAAUAUUAAAGUAGGAGAUGAUGUUGCCGUAUGCCAAAACGGAUGCGAGGCUAUUGCUGAUACAGGCACCUCUUUGAUCGCCGGUCCUGUUGAGGAAGUUAAAGCUAUCAAUAACAAAAUUGGUGCAACACCGAUUAUAGCUGGAGAAGCUGUGGUUGACUGCGACUCAAUUCCCACCUUGCCUACAAUAACAUUCACAGUUGGUGGUCAUGCAUUUUCGCUGAAAGGAGAAGACUAUGUCUUAAAAGUCACACAACUUGGAAAAACAAUCUGUAUGAGCGGAUUCAUGGGAAUGGACAUUCCUCCACCAAGUGGCCCACUAUGGAUUUUGGGAGAUGUAUUUAUUGGUCGUUACUAUACCGAAUUCGAUAUGGGAAACAACCGCGUUGGAUUCGCUGAAGUUAAAUAGAGAUAAUAAUUAACAAAUACUUCUACAUUAUGUAUAUUAUCCGCGACAUAUGUUUUAUUACGUCUGAUAAUUUUUUCUGUUCCGCAUAUUGGAUCAAUUCGUUAUUUCCUGUUCUUUGUAAAGAUAGUGAAAUACUAAUUAGGCGGGCUAGAUAAGCAGAAAAAAAUGUGCAUAAUUGUGAAAGGCGUAAAUUGAAUUCUUCUAAUGAUGAAACAAUUUAAAAAGGACAAUGCAAUAAAUCAUUCUUUUUGUUUUA